AUGGCUUCGAUGCUGUUACGUUCAGUCGCGCGUUCAACAGUAGCGAAGCUUCCUACAAGCUCAAAUAUUCUUCGCCGCUCUUUGACUUCAUCCCCUGUUACACGUCUGGCUGAGCCAGUGUCUGCAGCUGACUCUGCUCACACUCCAGGCGCCAAAAAUAUUUUCGAGUACCAUACAGUAGAGGAUCUGCAAGGGAUGCAUGCCUCUGAAAUUCUGGCAGAGACAGGAACUAGGGCAGAUGCGAAAAUGAGGCACUUUACUGGUGAGAACCUGAGAUUCAAUCUUCCUCAACAUCCUGCCGCACACGGAGUUCUCCGUCUCAUCCUAGAACUCAACGGCGAAGAAAUCCUACGUGCGGAUCCACACAUCGGUUUAUUACAUCGAGGGACCGAGAAGCUGAUUGAAUACAAAACUUACAUCCAGGCAUUACCCUACUUUGACCGUCUCGACUACGUCUCCAUGAUGACCAACGAAUUAUGUUAUUCUCGCGCGGUAGAGAAACUGUUGAACAUAGAAGUUCCUGAUCGCGCAAAAUGGAUUCGAACGCUUUUUGGAGAAAUCACUCGUAUUUUAAACCACUUGAUGGCUGUCCUUACCCAUGCUAUGGAUGUUGGUGCCCUUACACCUUUCCUUUGGGGUUUCGAAGAGCGGGAAAAGCUUAUGGAAUUCUACGAGCGCGUUUCUGGGGCUCGUUUGCAUUCCGCUUACGUGCGACCCGGCGGUGUUGCUUUUGACUUGCCUCAUGGGCUUUUAGACGACAUCUUUCAGUGGGCAACUCAAUACGGUUCUAGAAUCGACGAAAUAGAGGAAGUUGUCACUGGUAACCGGAUAUGGAAGGAGCGGACUGUUGGCGUUGGUGUAGUUACCAAGGAGGAGGCAUUGAACUUCAGCUUCAGUGGGGUCAUGUUGCGGGGGAGUGGUGUUCCCUGGGACUUGCGGAGAACUCAACCCUAUGACAUGUACGAUCAGGUUGAGUUCGAUAUACCUAUCGGUGUCAAUGGAGAUUGUUACGAUCGAUAUCUCUGCCGUGUUCAAGAAAUGAGGGAAUCUCUGCGAAUCAUAAGUCAGUGCUUAAACAAGAUUACCCCCGGAGCGAUCAAGGUGGAUGACCACAAGCUCGUCCCUCCUCCCCGUGCGUCUAUGAAGGAAAGCAUGGAAAGUCUCAUUCAUCAUUUUAAGAUCUUCAGCGAGGGAUAUUCUGUUCCUCCUGGCGAGACUUACAGCGCAAUCGAGGCGCCAAAGGGUGAGAUGGGAGUUUACUUAGUCUCUGACGGCACUAAUCGCCCAUACCGGUGCUCUAUACGCGCGCCUGGGUUCGCUCAUUUAGCUGGUGCUGACUUUGUUAUGAGACAUGCAGUCGCUAUCAUUGGAACUAUGGAUCUUGUGUUUGGUGAAGUCGACCGGUAA